UUUUGACAUGAUCAAAACUGAAAUUGUCUGUGAGAUUAAAAUAGUAAAUGCCUGUGUUGCUUAGUUAUUUGUAAACCAGUGUUUUUAAGCCACUGAGCAGAACUUUUUUCCAUCUACAAGUAAAAACUCUGCCGUGUACAGAAUCCCUGGCCUAGUUUGCAAGAAAGCGCAUGCAUGAAGAGCAGAACCCGCAAAGGUUUAGCAUUGGCCUACAACUCCAAAGUGCAAAGUUCUCCUGAGAUGUCUUCCGCCUUCUACAGUUUUUGCUUCAUUGCCAUGUUUUCGAUGAAGUGAAGCACUAAGAGGAUGAGGAAAGAUUUUGGCCUCCAAUAGAAACACAAAAGACACUGCACUGCUUCAAAAUUAAGAUCCAACUUUGAAAAUGAAGACAAUCGUGUGUUUUUGGUUUGUGCUUGGUGCACUUUCUGCUUCAGGCAAAGUGCUCGUCACAAAACCAGGGCAGAAGGCCAUCUUGGAGUGUGGGGUAAACACCUUUACAAAGCAGCUGGAGUGGUAUCAUGAGAAAGACCUGUUACAUAGAGUUUCUCACAGAGGCUUCCCUAGCAAAGGGAAAGGUGAAAUUGUCACAAACUCAAAGGUGAAGCAAACAAAGCUGGAGAUCGUUCUAGUGAAGAAAGAAUAUGCCGGGAAGUUCAUUUGCAUUGCAGAUGAGAACCGUCAAGAACACACUCUUCUUGUGGCCUCAGUGUCAGUCAAGGCCAGCCCCUCCACUGAGCUCCAGCUGGGCAGUGAGGCCGAGCUCGACUGUCAGGUAGAAGGUCUGGACCAAGGCUCUACAGCGACGUGGAAGAGACCAGAUGGAAGUUUACACUCAGGGAUUCUCAAGUCCGUAGACCACUCUGAUGAAGGCGACUGGGAGUGUACAUUCCCCAGUGGCGGGGAGACGUACAGUCAGAUUCUAGCCAUCAAAGUUAAAGGACCUACUCCUGUACCAGCUGAUCCAACCCUUUCCCAAGGCACAACCUGCGUCGACUGCGUCACUCACCCUCCAUCUGUCACUGCUUUUCUGCUGGGCCUCAGCUGGUGGGUGUGGGUUGCAGUUGGAGCGGGCUGCCUGGUUGUGGUUCUCCUAUUGGUCUUUGUCAUUAUCCUGUGCAAGAGGAUCAAGAAAAAGCAGGGAAAAUUUCAGGCGAUGAAGAAUGGCCGACAGCCACUGAAGCCAAAGAAGUACUGCAAGUGUGACAGCCCAGCAGCUGCAGCAAAACCGCAGCAAAAACGCCGGAGAGAGAAGCCAUCAGCUCUCCCUCCGCAACCCCUGCUAAUGCUGUGAAAUGAAAGACAGAUGGAAAGAAAGGAAAGAAAGACAUGAAGACAGAGAGAGAGAGAGAGAGAGAGAGGUUGAGAGGAAGGGAAAGUGAGGAAUAGAUAAAGAUAAAGAGAGAGCGAGUGGAUGAGAACCCCAGUGUGAAUGUAUCAUGAAUGUAAAUUGGCUUUUGAAUGCUCAAGAUGGAAGUAAAAAUCAAAUGUAAUGAUGUGGGCACUUUGAGCUUUUUCACCAAGUAUAACCAGUGAACUGAAUGCAAAUAGGCUCCUCCACUGCAAGGGAGAACAACAACAGUCUGUGCUUAUUUUUGUCAUUUAGGCCUCAUGCUAACAUGUGAAGAAUAUCUUUGAAUACAGAAUUUUCAACUUCUAAUGUGCUUAUCAUUGAAAAUUAAACUCAGCUGAUUAAGAAAUACUUUCUUACUUGUGUUUCUGUGUAUUUGGUAGAUGUCUAUGUAUACUUUGUCUUUUUGUGGGUUGUAAAUGAAAGAUUAGAGAACUGUAUUGAAGUUUCAUGUUUUGUUUUUUUCCUGAGACAAUAAACUGUAAGGAUAC